AUGGGUUCAUAUACACCGGUCUAUGACCAAGAAAUCCACACGAUCCAUAUCCCCGAGGAUGUACGCAAAUCAGGCCAGCCGUCGCUUGAGCUGAUUGCGGAGGCCGCGGCGUUUCUGCACAAGGACGGCAUCAUCGUGCUCGAUAAUGCCAUUGACACAGCACAUAUCGAUGCGCUGAAUGCCCAACUGGCGCCCGAGGCGCUCGAGAUCGCCAACGACCCAGACCACCACUUCAACUUUGGCAAGCACACGCGCAACAUGGACCAGGCGCCGCCACCGACCAAGGCGCUCAUGUUCAAAGACGUGUGGAGUAACCCGUUCGCCGCCGCUGUACUGGCCGCGGUGCUGGGCCCGCGCCCCGUAGUCCACUACGCGAACGGGAACACUGCACUCAAGGCUUCGCCGGAGGGCCGACAACCCGUGCAUUCAGAUUGCGAGUUCGCGCACCCUGCAUACUUCCCGUUCGCGUACGUGAUCAACAUCAGCCUGGUGGACGUGACGGCGUGGAAUGGCGGCACGGAGAUCUGGCUCGGCUCGCACCACAUCAGUGUUCAGGAGGCACACGACCACGGGGCGGGCGAGGAUCUGCUCGCCAUCAAGCCCGAACUGUUGGAACAGCGCCGCAAGCAUUCGCCGCCCAUCCAGGCCUGCACCAAGCGUGGGAGCUUGGUCAUCCGCGACCUCCGACUCUGGCAUGCCGGUAUGCCCAACCUGACAGAUGAGCCACGCGUCAUGCUGGCCUUCGUCGCCUCGCCCGCCUGGUGGCAGGGCCGGAGCAAAGUUACCCUUCCUCGGAAUGUCAAGGAUAUGGUGGAUGGCUGGUCUGACGAACUAGGUUUCGCCGCUGACUAUGUCGAUGGAGAAGUCGACCACAAGAAGAUUAGCAGCUCGAACGUCGAUUUCAACUCGGCGAGUAAAGUCCUCGGGCGGUAUGAGAGCGAACUGAGUCGCUGGCCUGACUACGCGCCUAGAUGGUCCUGA